AAUGAAGAAAGCAAGCAAAGUAGCAAACGUUAGAAAGAGAGGAAAUAGAAAGAAGAAAGAGAAGCCAGAGAGGAGGAAAAGAAGGAGAGAGCCAAAAUUCGAUUUCCAUUCCCCCAUUCAAUUCAUUUCAAUUCAAUUCAAUUGAAGGGGAUGAGAACAAAAAUCGUCCAACGAACUCAAUAAAAAUCCCCCCCCCCCGCUCUCUCUCUCUCUCCCCUACUAUAUAUGCGCGAGCGAGUGUUUGUAUUUGGAUGAGAUUCUCAGAAAGAGAGAGAGAGAGGUUUAGAGAGAGAAAAAUGGAGAGAUAACCUCAGAGGGAGAGGGUUAGGGUUUGGUAGGGAAGCUGAGGGUCAUCGGCGGCGGGUGGAUCGGCGAGUAGAUCUUGAGUUCUGCGAAGUUUCAAACGGAUAAGUGAGUUUGCAUGAUAUAGAUUCUCCUGUGGCUGCAUGGCAAAUGUCCUGGACCACAAGUUGUUUAAAUGGUGUUCAGAUAUUCUCUUGAGGAGUCAACAAGAAAAAUGGAAGGAGCAGGCUGUGAAUCACCAGUCACAGUUAAUAAUGUGCAGGGUUGUGUUACGCCACAGCUUCCCAAAACCUAUGAUGACGACGACUUCUUUGGGAUGUCCCAGCGGAAUGGGAAGGAGAUGCAUUCUCCUAUGCUAAAGAAAAAGAAACCGGUAAUUAUGGAAAGAUCUGGAGCGAAUCAGAAUGGUCAAGCACCAGACGACAGCUUCCUACCAGGUCUCACUGAUGAUGCAGCAUUAGAUGUGUUGGCCUGGAGCAGUAGAUCAGACUACCCAAAUCUAGCCUGUUUGAAUAAAAAAUUCAAGUCCUUAUUUGGCAGUGGAUACUUGUACAAAUUGAGGCGGCGGCUUGGUGUGGUUGAACACUGGGUUUAUCUAGCCUGUAUACUAAUGCCUUGGGAAGCGUUUGAUCCUUUUGGACAGAGAUGGAUGAGAUUGCCCAGGAUGCCUUGUGAUGAAUGUUUUACUUAUGCAGACAAGGAGUCUCUUGCUGUAGGGACUGAGCUACUUGUAUUUGGCCGUGAGUUGUCAGGGUUUGCAAUUUGGAUGUAUAGCUUGCUUACUCGUGGUUGGUCAAGAUGCCCUCUAAUGAAUUUGGCCCGUUGUUUGUUUGGUUCAAGCAGCAUUGGGGAAGUUGCUAUUGUAGCUGGGGGAAGUGACAAGAAUGGCUGCGUUCUAAAAUCUGCUGAGCUUUACAAUUCUGAACUGGGUGUCUGGCAAAGUUUGUCAGAUAUGAAUGUGGCCCGUAAACUGUGCUCAGGCUUCUUUAUGGAUGGGAAAUUUUAUGUCAUUGGCGGCAUGUCGAGCCAUACAGCUCGUUUGACUUGUGGUGAAGAGUAUAACAUGGAGACGGGGACAUGGAGGAGGGUAGAGAACAUGUAUCCUGUUUCUGAUGCGGCGGGUAGAGAGCCAGCUAUGUGUUCUCCUCCUCUUGUUGCUGUUGUAAAUGAUCAGCUUUAUUCUGCUGACCAAGCAACAAAUGAAGUUAAGAAAUAUGACAAGAUCAAUAACUCAUGGUCCGUUGUGAAGAGGUUGCCGGUUCGGGCGGACUCAUCUAAUGGUUGGGGACUUGCGUUUAAGGCAUGUGGAAAUAGCUUAUUAGUGAUUGGAGGGCACAGGGGACCUGAAGGUGAAGUUAUUGUGCUGCACGCUUGGGAUCCAAAAGAUGGAAACCAAGACUGGAAUGUGCUUUCUGUCAGGGAGCGUGCUGGUGCUUUUGUGUACAACUGCGCGGUAAUGGGCUGUUAACACACGCCCCCUCCCUUUUCUUUUUCUUUUUUUUUUUCUUUUUUCUUUUUUUUCUUUUCCCUGUGUUUGUCUUUAUAGUGCAAAUCUUUGACUUGUGGGAAAACCAAAUAAUUUUCAAUUGGAACAGCAAAGCAUGUUUUUCUCGGGUAUCGUUUAUUUACAGAGCUUAAAUGUUGUUAAA